AUGAAAAUGCACAAUCAUCAUACUAGUAUUGGUGAUGAAUCGACAUCAUCAUCAUCAAAUAAUACUACACCUGAAUUUAAACCAGAAUUGAAUGAACUAUUACACAUACAGCCACAACAACAACAACAACAACAACAACAUCGACAUACUCUUAUUGAAGCACAACAUUUAGAUUAUGCAACUCUUGUACCUGUUCAAUCUCUUCCAACUACAAAGAUUGAAUUAGAAACAUCAACAAUGCAUUAUUAUGAAAAUCCACAACCAUUACCACCAUCAAGUUAUAUGUUAACUCAAUCACCUUAUGAUUUAAAUCAUUCUGUUGAAAAAAAUAAUAUAGAUUUAGUUUCAUCUGCAUCACGUCAACAACAACAACAACAAGCUACCACACCAACAUUAUCUGGUAAUCGUCGUGGUAAUACACCAUCAAAACCACCCUAUUCCUAUAUAAGUCUUAUUACAAUGGCAAUACAACAUGCACCAACAGGCAUGGUGACAUUAAAUGAUAUUUAUCAAUUUAUUAUGAAUGUAUUUCCAUAUUAUCGACAAAAUCAACAACGUUGGCAAAAUUCUAUUCGACAUUCAUUAUCAUUUAAUGAUUGUUUUGUUAAAGUUCCACGUGGUCCUGAUCGACCUGGUAAAGGUUCAUAUUGGACAUUACAUCCUGAUGCUGGUAAUAUGUUUGAAAAUGGUUGUUAUUUACGACGACAAAAACGUUUUAAAUGCACAAAACAAGCAUCUAAAAAUCGAUCACGAACAGCCAAUAAUGGACAACAGCAAUCAACAUCAGGUAUUAUAUCAAAUGAUAUGAAUAAAACAGAUCCAUUGGCAUCAAAUAGUGAUGAAUCAGAUGGUGAUGAUGAUGAAGAAGAUGAAAAUGAAUCUAUUGAAAGUGGCAAUGCAAGAGAUGAUGAACAUCAUCAACCAAUGAUUAUGGAUGGUCAAAUUCAUAUGCCAUUAUCAAGAACAUCAUCAUCAACUCCAACACAAAUUUCUCUUAAUCAUGCAACUGUAACUAUUAGUCAUUUUACUGCACCUAUACCUAAACUUUUAUCAACAAAUGAAGAUACUUAUCAUCAACAAAACGGCAAUGGUGUUUUAAUUUCUCCUUCAUCAAAACAACAUGAAACAUGUCAAUCAGUUCCUCGUUCUCCUCAAACACAACAACAUCAUCCUCAUCAUCAUCUUCAUCAUCAUUCACAUCAACUCUAUUCAAAUGAACAGCAACAACAUUUUGUUUCUAUUCCUCAUACACCUGUUUAUGCUGAUUUACAACCAUAUCCAACUAGUACAACAACACCAACAGACAUUGUCUUUUCAAAUAAUGGACCAACAUCAACAACCACAACAAACUAUUAUACAUCAGAAUCAUCACCAACAUCUUCAACUAAUAAUUCACUUCAUCCACAAUCAUCAUCUGCCUACUAUUUUGCAUCAUUUCCUCCAACAACUUCAUCAUCGGUUAUAACAAGCAACAAUGUCGUUGACUAUCAACAGCCGGUUCGGCUUUAG